GGCCAGGAUGUUUGUGUCCGUGUGGUACGCCAAGAAAAUGGGCCGGCGUUUCAUCAACAACGUCCGGAAAGCUAAAAAGCAACGCCAUCGCAUCAUGGGGAACUCUCCACCUGUAGUGGUAAAUACAGAUACACUGGAUGGCUCACCUUAUGUGAAUGGAGCAGAAGGAGAGAUUGAAUAUGAAGAGAUUACGUUGGAAAGGGGUAACUCUGGUCUGGGCUUCAGUAUCGCUGGAGGUACUGAUAAUCCUCAUGUAGGAGAUGAUCCCAGCAUAUUCAUCACCAAGAUCAUUCCAGGAGGAGCUGCAGCACAGGAUGGGAGACUCAGAGUAAAUGAUAGUAUUCUGUUUGUGAAUGACGUCGAUGUUCGGGAAGUGACCCACAGUCAGGCGGUGGAGGCCCUUAAGGAGGCGGGUGCUAUCGUCAGACUUUAUGUAUUACGCAGAAAACCUGUCACUGAGAAAGUCACUGAAAUGAAGCUCAUCAAAGGGCCAAAAGGGCUAGGGUUUAGUAUAGCAGGUGGUGUCGGUAACCAGCACAUCCCUGGAGACAACAGCAUUUAUGUCACAAAGAUUAUAGAAGGAGGAGCGGCGCAUAAGGAUGGACGACUACAGAUUGGUGAUAAGAUACUGGCGGUGAAUAAUGUGUGUUUAGAGGAUGUGAUGCAUGAGGAUGCAGUGGGGGCCCUGAAGAACACAGCAGAGGUGGUCUACCUCAGAGUGGCAAAGCCAAAUAACCUGUACCUUACCAACAACUACAACCCACCAGACCUCACAAGCACAUACUUGCCUCACAUGGACAUGGAUCUUGGACAUCCAAACUACCUGGGUUCAGAUUACCCACAAGCCCUCACUCCCACCUCACCAAGCCGCUUUUCUCCUGUGCUGCAUGGCAUGCUGGGAGAUGACGACUUACCCAGGGAUCCGAGGCGUGUUGUGAUCCACAGAGGAUCAACGGGUUUGGGCUUUAAUAUAGUUGGAGGGGAGGAUGGUGAGGGAAUCUUCAUCUCUUUCAUCCUGGCAGGAGGCCCUGCCGAUUUGAGCGGAGAACUCCGCAAGGGAGAUCAAAUCCUGAGUGUGAAUGGUGUGGAUCUGCGAGCAGCUACGCAUGAACAAGCAGCGGCUGCUUUAAAGAAUGCUGGACAAACUGUCACCAUUAUCGCCCAGUACAGACCAGAAGAGUACAGUCGAUUUGAGGCAAAGAUUCAUGACCUGAGAGAGCAGUUGAUGAACAGCAGUAUGGGCUCUGGAACCACAACAUUACGCAGUAACCCAAAAAGAGGAUUCUAUAUCAGGGCUCUGUUUGACUAUGAUAAGACAGCAGACUGUGGUUUCUUGAGUCAGGCCGUGAGCUUCAGGUUUGGAGAUGUGCUGCAUGUUCUGGACUGUGGAGAUGAAGAAUGGUGGCAGGCCUGCAGAGUCAGCCCACAGGGUGAUGAGGAGGAGGUCGGCUUCAUCCCAAGCAAGAGGAGGGUUGAGAGAAAAGAGUGGUCGAGGUUGAAGUCAAAAGAAAGGGACCAAAGUCGAGACAGUACAGGCUCCCUGGGAAGGGAAGAUACAGUACGCAGUUAUGAGACAGUUGCACAAGUGGAAGUGCACUACGCCAGGCCGAUCAUUAUUCUGGGUCCAGUGAAGGACAGAGUGAAUGAUGACCUUCUCUCUGAGUUUCCAGAUAAGUUUGGCUCUUGUGUGCCUCAUACAACAAGACCCAAGCGGGAGUAUGAGGUGGAUGGGCGGGACUAUCACUUUGUGUCAUCUCGGGAACAAAUGGAGAAAGAUAUUCAGAACCAUCGAUUCAUUGAAGCGGGCCAGUACAACAGCCACCUGUACGGAACCAGUGUUCAGAGCGUCCGAGAGGUGGCUGAACAGCAGGGUAAGCACUGUAUUCUGGAUGUGUCCGCAAACGCUGUUCGAAGGCUACAGGCUGCACAGCUCCACCCAAUUGCCAUCUUCGUACGGCCCAAAUCACUGGAAAACGUCCUAGAGGUAAACACACGACUAACUGAGGAACAGGCCAGGAAAGGCAUGGACCGUGCUAUUAAACUGGAGCAAGAUUUUCUGGAGUGCUUCUCUGCGAUCGUGGAGGGUGACAGUUUUGAGGAGGUUUAUCACAAAGUGAAAACUGUGAUUGAGGAGCAGUCAGGGCCUUAUAUCUGGAUUCCCACAAGGGAGCGUCUGUGAGAGCCAACCCAGAGCCGAACCACCUCGCCCAGUCACCAUUUGGCCUACCUGCGGACUUUGGAGCUCUGAUUUAAUGAGCUCAUGAAAACAGACAGAGAGAGAGAGAGAGGGAGAGAUUAAAAGAGAGGAAGAAAUCAAGGAGGCAACAGGAAAUGAUGGCAUGGAACAGCACAGGAGCUGCAUCUGCCUCCAGUUUCCUCGUCCAGAUUUGUAACUUCCUGAAUCUGCUUUUCACUUCCUUUCUCUGUCCUUCUCCCUUUCUCUCACAAUAAUGUCCUCUUCCACAGGACUAGUGAGCUGUUUUACGAACAGGGAUGCUACAAAGACGUUUUGUGUAUUGUCAGA